ACGCUCAAGUUUUGCGCUAAGAAAUUCGUGACCCUCGAAUGGUUUCCUCGUCUCCGAGCGAGUCUGAUUCAACUUUCGCGCUUGUUACCGAUUUUCUAAAUUAGAACAAACGAUAAACGAAUGCGGGUCACGGUGAACCGUAUCUGAUUACGUCAAUUGUAUUUUGAUAAAUUAAGUGCGUUUAAUUUUUUACGCGAAUGAUAAAUUACGCGUCUAUUCCGCAUUUCCGCGUAUUUCCUUCUUAGAUGAUUCUAUUUCGCUGACAAGAAAAGUAUACCUUUCCAUAGGAAUAGAUGAAUCACAAAACGUGAAUGUUGAGUGGAAUAAGGUGUAUUUUAUGCAUGUUCGUUCAUUAGUAUUCCGCGCGUAAUGCGCGCUUGAAUAUACACGAAUAAAUAGCUUCUAUAAUAAGACAUAAGACAGAGAGAAAUAGGAUGUGUUCGAUGAUCCAAUGUACACAUCAUUUUUCGUAAAUGAAUUACGUUUUGUUGCGUUUAGGAUAGGAGAUAGAUGUUACUCUUUCGAGUUCGAAUCCUGGAGUAUCAUUGCCGUAAUCUGCACUUUUGAAUUUCUACAAUAACAUAAACCGGCGAUACAGUCAGUGCAACUGUUAAUGGUUAAGAAUUAUUUUUAACGCAAUGUUCGAAGAAUUCGCGAUUCAUUUAUUAGGUUUAGAGCUAUUGAUAUGCCAAAUUGUCUAAAUAUUUUGAACAGCAGUUUCCUCGAACCAACUCCUGUUAACUCAGUUGCACUAUGUGCGUCAGUUCUGUUUUACUUCUGAUCCAGAAAGCUUCUGCAUUUUGAUUUUCUCGUGAAUUUCAUUAAUCGGGCAAUUUUUCCUCCCUUUCAAGUCAUCUCUGUAGUUGAUAUGGAAGCUAUUAAAGAUUUAGUAGGCCAAGUAAUACAUCUAUCUUCAUUCUGAAAUAAACAAAUCUCUUUUUCCUCAUUGCAAACAUUUUUUCUAUCCUAGAAAUUUUUAACGACCAUAUUCGUAUCACGAUAAUGUCUAAUAGUCUCAAUAUUGAUAAUAAGAGUAUCGAGCAGAUUAGAGAUCGUAUAAGCCUCUCGUUAAAAAUGCAACGGAGCUUCAAGAAGAUGAAGAGGAGUAUCCGAAAGAUAACUGAAACUUCGACGAGUGUUCAACCUCACUGCGUUUUCGUAGAGAACAUGCAAGACGAUGAGAAACAACCGCUGUACGUGUUUCCGGAACGGCUCUCUUAUUUAACGUACCAAACGGGAUUUUCGAAGGAUGAGAUACGAAAGCUGUAUCGAGUCUUUAAACAGCAUUGUCCGAAAGGGGCCGUAACCACGAACGAUCUGAAACCAGCGUACGCAAAACUAUUUCCUUUAGGAGACCCGGCGAAAUACGCGCAAAUCGUUUUUAACGCUUUUGAUAAGGAUAGGGAUGGUAUCGUUAGCUUCGCGGAUCUCCUUAAUGAAGUUGCUUUAAUUAUUAAUGGCGACGUAGAUCAAAAACUCUCCUGGAUUUUCAGAUUUUAUGACUUAAACGGAGACGGCUAUAUCACAAGAAAGGAAAUGCUAGUUAUAAUGUCCGCAAUUUAUGAGAUGCUACAUAACGGACAGAUUAUUCAACGGAUGGCAAACAGACACGUGGACAAAGUUUUCGAAAAGAUGGAUGUUGAUAAGGAUGGAGUUAUAUCUCAGGAAGAAUUUAUGAGUAUUUGUAAAAAUGUACAGUCAACUAUAUAAUGAUAGUGUAAUUCAAAAACAGCUGGCAAUAUUUAAUCAGUUCUGGUGAUGACAUAUAUGUAUACAUUGAAAUUUCCAAGUUAUGCUAAUACUAAAAAAGAAGGUAGCUUGAAAA